AUGGUGUUGGCUUUGGCUUGGGCGGUUGGAGUGGUUGUGGUUUUGGGGUUGGUUUCUAUUUUGGGAGGAAUGGGGUUGGCUUUGGCUUGGGCGGUUAGAGUGGUUGUGGUUUUAGGGUUGGUUUCUGUUCUGGGAGGAAUGGGGUUGUCUUUGGCUUGUGCCAUUGGAGUGGUUGUGGUUUUGGGGUUAGUUUCUGUUUUUGGAGGAAUGGGGUUGGCUUUGGCUUGUGCCAUUGUAGUGGUUGUGGUUUUGGGGUUGGUUUCUGUUUUUGGUGGAAUGGGGAAUGGUGUUCUUGUUGGAUUGGGCCGUUGGAGUGAGGGUGGUUUGUGUGUUGUCUUGGGUGUUUGGAGGAAGGGUGUUGGUUUUGGCUUGGGUGUUGGAUUUGUUGUUGGUUUCGGUGGUGGGAGGAAGGGUGUUCUUGUUGGCUUGGGCUGUUGGAGUGGUGUUGGCUUUGGUGUUGGUUUCGGUGGUGGGAGGAAGGGUGUUCUUGUUGGCUUGGGCUGUUGGAGUGGUGUUGGAUUUGGUGUUGGUUUCGGUAGUAGGAGGAAGGGUGUUGGCUUUGGCUUGGGUGGUGGUUUCUGUGUUGGGGUUAAUGCCACUUCCUCUUGGCUGCUGAUGUUUGGUCUUGUCCAAGCUCCUUUAUAUUUAGCUCCUUGUUCCAAUUCGUCUGCAGCAGCCGCAACCUUCCUCAAACAUGAUGCAAGAUUUUGUGGAAUUGGUGGCUGCUCAGUAAGAUUGUCAUCCCCAGAUUGUGGUAGUGGUGGCUCCACAUUUUUUUGA